AUGAUUGAAUUUACGAGAAUCCCUAAAGAAAUAUGCGAAGAGAACGGAAUUAUUGGAGUAGUAUCGAAGUGGCUUCCGCCUUUUUCAGGAUUGAUAAUUAUAGCCGAUAAUGGUCUUCCAGAUACCAUUGAAGGAUGGUCUUUGGACUUUGUUUCUUCCGUUCUGUUUUUACCUCAAAUUAGAGGACUUUACAAUUGCAUGAGCUGUUUUCAUGCUAUGUGUGGAACGAAUUUUACACGUUCUGUUCAUGGUGUAUCCGGAUCUGAUGUAUGGGGCGAGGGUGUGGAAAACUACAUCAUAACUAAGGAUCAACCCUGCCUUUGUUGGCUUCCAUGCAUGCCUUCGAACAUGUGGGGUAUGAUAAAUUGUGAAAGGGAGGCAAAGGGGUGGUGUAUUACAACUCUUGAUACCUCAAUUACAAAAAAUGAGAAUUGUGAGGAUAAUAUGGCUAAUGAUGGAUUUAUUAAGUGUCCUGACGGCCCGUGGAACCCAAUAGGUAAUUGUGGGGUUGAAAAGAUUGCUAAAAAUUUCCCUUUUAUUCCUCAUGAUUCGAUGAGUAGAUUUCAUUGUUACAUGCAAGUACAUACAUUAUCGUGGCUGGCCAAGUAUUCUAAAUGUGAUAGUCUUGGGAGUCUUGAGAGCUUCCAUCAUUUAGUAAACGAAUUAGAAAGUUAUCACGAGGGAUUACAUGAGGCUCAGUUAGUAAUAAUGAUUGUGAUGAGUUUGUGUUCAUCUUAUGUAAUUUAUUUAUUCUAUCGUUCUGUUGAGAAUGCAGAUUGUAACAUAAACAAAGCGUGGUGGGUUAAUCUGGGAUUAUUUAUAUUCGGGAUUAUUAUGUCCUGUGUUUGUUUUGUACCUGGCAUAAAGUUCGAUAAGUUUAAAGAAAAGUUCCCAGAAACAAGCACUCUUAUCCUGGCUUAUAUUGAUUUCUAUGAGACAACUAUUAGUGACAACAUCCUUUCUGCUUAUUUGCUUAAAGGUGAAAUCGAGAAAUUUGCAAGAGAAUUAAUGACUUAUAAUAUUCAACCCAAUUCUGAAAAUACUAUUUCGAGCGGACUUCUUGUUAUGUUUAUAUGUUGGUCCGGUACAAUGUUUGUGAUUAUGGAUUUAAUACUCGGGGGAUGGCAUAGCGUUGGGAGUUUGACCUUUAUCUUUAUUAUUAGUAUUAUCCGUGUAAUCGCAACUCAUUGGCGUUUAUGGAUGAAGGAUAAUAGCGGGUUUAUAUUUAAAUUUAAUAUCGACUUUGCAUGUUGUAUAAAGGAUAAAGGAAUUCGGGAUAACUUUAUAAAAAUGAUAAUGGAUGAUUGGAAAAUUAAAAGGGGAUGGAAACAUGGCAUGAGGUUCAGCGAUUGUCGGUGUCUAGGUGUUGAUCAAGAAAUUCAAGUAACUAAUGUAGAUAGGAAUAAAGUAGAUAUACUUCAGUGUCACUUCAAAUGUACAGAAAGUAUUUCUGGUGUGCAUCCUUUAUGGUUAACCUACUUAGAUGAUCGUGGUGAAUUAAAAUGUAAAAAAUGUAUUCAUAACAAUGGGAACUUGUGUGGUUAUGAAGAUUACGAAGAAAAUCGUUGUAGGGAUGGAUAUAGUAAGGAACGAAAGCGACUCAAGAAAGAGAACUCUAUUUGUAUAAUUAUACUAUAUAUCAUGAUAUUCUUGAGGCGAUUCAUGUCUUUAUUGGGAAGAUCAUUUAUUACCGUUUUAAGGAUAGGAAAAAAGAGGAAGGUAGAAGAAAGUAACGCGUAA